UUAUCAUAAAAAAAAUGUGGCUUACAUCACCUCAUCACCACAAUUCAGUUAUUUUAAGGUGUGUGUGCGUCAACGCUUAGCAAUUUGCUAAUAGCUAUUUAGUUUAAAAAAAACUUGUGAUUUCGCCAAGCUCGGCGCAUAGCACAUAAUUCGCCAUGUCGCAAGGUUACUACACGGUCUGCAGUUCUCCACGUGGCGGGGGGAAAAAGGUCAACCCGUUUUCCACUAUGUCGCACCAACCACAAAACCAUCAAAGUUACGCGACGACGAUGCCCAGCAGGAAUUUUAAUAGUCCGGUGGCAACAAAUUAUGGUGGUUCAAGGGCACCUGUAGGUUAUAGUGACGGUGGUGGUGGCAGCUUUUUGUACGGCGGUACCAUGGGUCGCAGUGAUCGGGGGUCGUUAUAUGGCGGUGGCGAUCCUGGCGGUGACCGCGAAGUUGUCAACGGUCUGGUCAUGAACAGAUUUCAGACGAUGCGACGACUUCCAGCUUAUCAUCAGCAGCAGCACCAGCAAGAAUUUUACGGUGCUGGUGGGAAUGGGAGUGGUGGAAGGGGUCACGUGAUGAAUUCGGAUUUUUUUACAAGUCCGUCAGCGGAGUCGGGGUCGACGACGUAUAAUUUUUCGACAAUGCCGAGAAAAUCGGGGAAGGAGAAGAAAAGCAAUAAAAAUAUGAGGCAAGAUUAUGGACAACCGAUGGACUUCCAGAGAGAUCAGUGGGGUAAUAGAGAUUGGACUGAUCCGAACGGAGGACUCGAUCUCAAUGGGGUUGACGACCAGGAAGAUGACAUUUAUUCAGAGGCUUAUUCCGAUGACCGAAAUAGUCAUCAAUUUAAUUACGCCGAGCAGGAUCGUGAUGAUUAUGAGGAGACUUACACUUUACGCCGUGCAGGAUUAAAGGGUCCUCUCCCACCACCACCACCCCGACCUACCCAAACAUCUUAUGGUGUCAAAAAAUUUCCAGCGUAUCAAUUUAACACGGCAAACUAUGAUAAUGACGAGCAAAACAAUGGUUUCGUACAACCAUCAUCGAUCUUUGGUGGGCCUAAAAAAGGGGCGAAGGGUCAUGCUAAUGGUCCACCACCACCACCUCCUCCGAUGCCGAUGGGAGGAGGUGGAAUGCCACCCCCACCUCCGCCCCCACCUGGACCAGCUUCUCACCAGUCAAACAGUGGUUCUCAUAAUAGGUCAACUUUACCUCCGGUGUCCAGUGAUAGAUCCAACCUUAUGGCCGACAUUCGAAAAGGAGUUAAUUUGAAGAAAUCCAAAACCAAUAACAGAAGGAGAUAAAUUUAAACUGAGGAGAUAAGUAUGAUGGAUGGAUGGACUUGCUAAUG